UUGAAAGGAUAAACCUUGAAUGUUCAAAACAAACUCUGCCAGAAAAUGAACGGAAUCUACAUGAGGCGAAAAAUCACUGCUACAAUUUUGAAAAUGCCCGUGGUGUUACUGUUUAUUCUAACUUUUGUCACAACGAUAAUUAUUCUUGAUCAUCAAAAAAAGGAAACACUGCCUGCCGAUAGGGUGCAUGAAUGGCUGAACAUGGCGGCGUCCGGUGUGAAUCCAAAGGCUUCGCCCUCGCCCGAAGACGAGAACAUCUUUUGCAGAGAUCGUUAUGGAGAGCCAAUGAGACGAGAAGAAGUAACAUUAGCUGGCUCGUUCAAGAAAAAGAAAGCCUUCAUGACAAUUGGAAUAUCGACAAUUAAAAGGAAAACAAAAGGAUCUUCUGCAUCCUACUUGGAAAGAACCCUAAAUACCCACUUGAAAAACUUGACGGACACCCAGAAAGAAGAGAUUCUCAUUGUUAUAUUCUUAGCAGAUUGGGAGAAAGAGAAGCGGGAUAGCAUUCAAGAAAGACUCAUGAAAACGUUUGAUAUGCACAUUAAGAAUAACACAAUCAAGCUGAUUUAUGCACCAAAGAGAUUUUACAGCAGCUUAUCAGGCCUACCCCAAAACUUCAACGACACAAAAAAGAGGGUAAGAUGGCGCAGUAAACAGGCUUUGGAUUACGCAUUUUUGGCCUAUUACUGUUCGGGCCUUGGCAAGUAUUAUUUUCAUCUUGAAGAUGACCUAGAGAGUCUUUCUGGUUUCUACAAGCUUAUCAAAGAUGAUUUGUUAAGCCAAGCAGUUAUGAAUUAUCAGUGGUCGAUUCGUCGUUACGGGCACAUGGGCUUUAUCGGGAUGCUUAUCAAAGACGAAUUCUUGCAUGGACUAGCCGAUUUUUGGAGGCUGAAUUACUUUGAAAUGCCACUAGACUGGAGUUACAUGCAUUUCCUUGGACUUUUGACUAGGUCUGGACAAGAAAAAGAUUCUACCAUUAUGCGAUUCAGACACAUAGGACGGCAAUCGUCAUCACUCAAUGAUGAUGUACCAUGA